AUCAGUUAUCACGAGUGGAAAAGCUGUGUUUCGUCCGUGUGGUUUUUUUGACAACGUAAACAAAUCGAAAAAAUUAUGACCAAAUUUCGUUGUAGAUUAUGCAGGCAUUUUCUAUUCUCAGCAGCAGAUCUUUUGAAUCCUAAGGGCGAUAAGUUUGAUGAUAUUUACGGCCUUAGAGAAGAUGGCUGUAGCGAUACGCAGUGGUUCUUGGAUUUCUCUACUAAUUUAGACUGGCUGAAAAGCUGUUUUAUUCAAAGCAAAUACUUGAAAGGCAAGCUAUCUUGUCCCCACUGCAGUGGUAGAGUUGGAUCUUUUGAUUUCGUUAAACCUGUAUCAUGCGAUUGCGGUAGACACGCUCUUCCGUAUGUGAGAGUAUCAAGAAACAGAGUUGAUGUCGAUUAUCCUGUUGAAUUCAGUAUUCGACAAGCACACUCAACAAGACCAAUAAGAGUGACGGAACACAAAUCUAAGUCAUCAGAAAACUCUACCAAGUCACCUUAUUCACUUGACAAACAAUCCAGCGAAGAUAGCAGAAAUUCUGCCAGAUCAACAAAUUUUACUCACGACAUCAACGACGAAAUCGAUGGUGAACUAAUGUGUCCAAUAUGCUUAGAAGUUUAUUACCUUCCUCACAAGUGCUUGCCAUGUAAGCACGUGUUCUGCUCUCCAUGCUUAAGGAGGCUAAAUGGAUCGCGUUCGGAGCAAACUAAAUGUCCUUUAUGUCGAGUUAUUAUACAAAAAUGCCUACCUGAACAAGAAAAAAGUUAUAUGGUUCGAAUGAAGUAUUUAGAAGAGUAUAAAAAUAGAAGAAACGCCGAAGGAAAAGUAGCUCAUACGUUGCCUCAGUUACCAUCUUCAAUGAAACGAAGAAAAAUUAACAAUCGACCACGAUCUUCGAAUAUUACACGAAUGCUCGCUCCCUAUGCUGGAGUUGUCUUUGUUUUAUUACUAUGCCUAUUAGCCGCCGUUAUCUUAUUUAUAACUUUUUCGGCCGGAAUAUGGUUAGCUUGGCAAUUGGUUUUGGAAUUGUAUCUAUCGACUCAAGACGCCCUGGUUCACAAUUGGAGAGCACUAGUCGUAUUUGUUGGUUCACAAAGGUCAAACUCCUCUCACUAUCUAAAUGUAUUUUUUAAAGGUAUGAAGCAUUCAGCAAGCAAAGCUGCUAGGCUUUUGGCCUCGUCAAUUGAUCACGCACACGAAGCUAUAGAAGGAGUCGGAAACAUGUACACGGAAAAGUUUAAUCGUACAUCUUUUGUUUUAUCUCAGCUUAUCGAAUCCGCCCAGGAGCAUAUGCACUCGUAUAAUACGACCGUAUAUAUUGAGCGAGUUAGUCAAACGGGAAUUGGAUUUAGUAGAAUUUUAUUCGCGGCUGCCGCUUUCUUCCUUAUAAUCAAGCUGGCGUUGUAUAUACAAAGGAACAGAGUAAAUCCUCACAGGAUUGCUUAG